AUGUUUUUGCGCUGCAACUGCUUUCUUGAUCGGUUAAACAGUUAUUAUAAGUCCGAACAUCAUUGGAAUAACGGUCGAUUCGCGGUUGUCGGAGCCAUUCCAAGGCGCGUUGCAGACUGCCCCGUUCAUGACUCGGUGUGCUGGAAUCCCCACUCACCUUCUGGAUUCGAGCGGCCACGUGUUGGGAUAUCUUUCCACCCGCGGACCCUCACUCAGCCUACUCAAUCGGUCUCGGCUACAACACCCAAAGCAACCAUUCGGCAGUCUUGUUCGAGUCUACUUCUCAUGAUGGCCUCGGUGUUGCACGAAAGGCUGACUGGCCUGCUGGAAACAGCCAGGCCGGCUGUCGUCCGAGCCAUCCAACAGGCUCUCCAGUGGGUUGCCGCCAACAAAGGCCAAACAGCGUGGGGAGCAGUGACGGCCGUCCUCCUGUACCUGAACGUCAAGAGGUUUCCACUGGUGUGGCAUCUCCGCGUCUUCCGCAGCAUCUGGUGGCCAAGAAAGGGCCAUUUCGGAAGCAAACCCGGCUCCGUGUUCCGUCCCGUCGUCACGCCGUCACGCGUGACCCUGCUGGAGUCGGACUACAACCUGCACAAGUCCAACAGCACCUACUUCUCCGACCUCGACGUCGGGAGAACCGAUCUCCUCGCCGCCCUGCGAGCCGAGGCGGCCCGCGGCGGCCUGUACAAGGAGUACAAGAACGGCGUCAUGGUCCUGCUGGCCGGCACCUCGUGCAUCUUCAAGAAGGAAAUCAAGCCGGGCGCCGCCUUCGACAUGCACAGCCGCAUCCUCACCUGGGACAAGAAAUGGUUGUACGUCGUGACCCAUUUCGUGGAGAAGAGCAGCAAGGGCGCCGAUUCGUCGUACACGUACCAGCCGUGGAAGAAGCCGGAAGACGGGAAGACGACCGCCUCCAAAUCCCCCGUCGUGUUCGCCACCGCCAUCUCCAAGUGCGUCGUCAAGGCCGGCCGGCUCACGGUGCCCCCCGAGAAGUUCCUCCAGGCGGCGGGGGUCCUCGCCACCGCCGCCCAAGGCCAUUCAGAUGACGAGCCUAGCGGAGCUGACGGAAACCCGGGCGACGGAUCGGACUCGUCCGGCGACGAGGGGUGGACGUGGGCCAGAGUGGAGGAAGAGCGUCUCCGGGCGCUGAGCAUGGCGGACGGUUUUGCCAGCGGGUUGGAUGCAGCACAUGAAGAGUUCUAUGCUCUGGGAUAGACGAGUGGUAAUAUUUGGCUUCGCAGGACUCUAGACGGGGACUUCACUAGAUUGCGCAACAAGAUAGACAUAGAAUAGUGUCAAGGACCUCCCUCCCUUGCAGCGAUGGGGUUACAGAAGCAGACAUGCAAGUCGCCCUUUUCAGAAAGGGGAACAUUUACAUGACCAAAGCAGUGUGAUAAUCCUGGGCAUUUGCGGCACAGCAAGCCCCAAUCCAG